GCAUGCUCAGUACGGAAGGGCGGUGUUGUUUUUCGUUCUUUGUUGAAGCGGGUCGGCGGUGGAUCGGGAUCGGGAUCGGGAGGGGUCCUCACCCUCGCCCCUUGGGGCAGGGAGCCGUGGACGGAUUAUUCUCUGCGGGGCGACACCAAGAAUUUCCUUUCGUUAGACCUGCGGUGAGAGAUUUAUUGGAAGAAAAGCCGACAGCUGGAAAGCCACGAAUGAGAACGAGGGAACAGCGACAAGCGAACCAGCCCAAGGACUGAGAGUACCAACUGAAGAGAAACCUCUGACUCAGAGUUUCCAUUGAUUCAGUCAGGAGAAAGUUUGAGCCUCACCACCAGGUGGAGCUGUCCUGCAGAGCGACCAAAGUGUAAACAAGGUGACGACAACCAACAAUCGUCAGUCAGAAUCAGAAUGGACAAAGAAAGUCACUGAACUGACAGAGAAGGGAAACCGGGCAGAGAGUUCCAGACUCUUCCUCAGUUUGGUGAAUGGCAAAGGCUCCCGGGCCCGGAGGGCGAUGUGGGAAUCCUUUCUGAUGUGGAGGACUGAGUUACCGAAGUUGGACAGAAUACUGAGGGAAAUACAGGAACUCGGUCCUGAUCCACAGGAAUACAUGAACAUUGGCCAAGGUUUAUCUGAAUUACCCACUCAGCUGAUAGAUGUCCAACAGAAACACAAGGAGACUCUGCGGACACGAACUGAAACACUGAGAGUGAACACGAUCCUGAUGACGGAGAAGGUGAAGGUUUUCCAGCUGAUUGAUCGAUACGCUGAGCUCACGGUCAUUUCUACUGUUCGAGAUCGGACACUGGUGGAACAUGAGCUGCUGGCAAGAGGCAGAGACCAUGAGGAUUAUAGAGUGAAACAACUCCGCAGACAGCUGGAAAAAAUCCGUACUGAUCAGUUAUUCCAGAGCAGCUUUUCCCGGAGUAAAUCCAAAUCUGGGAGCUCAGCAGCAGUGGCCGGAGUCCCGGGGAUCGGGAAAACAACGAUGGUACAAAAGAUUGUUUAUGACUGGGCCAUGGGGAAAAUAUACCAACAGUUCCAGUUUGUCUUCAGUUUCAAAUUCCGAGAUUUAAACACCAUUAAUUGCAGAAUAAACCUGAGGGAACUGAUUCUGGAUCAGUAUCCUUACUUUGGGAAGUUCCUGAGAGAAGUCUGGAAGAACCCAGAGGGACUGCUGUUUAUAUUUGAUGGUUUGGAUGAAUUCAAACACAAAAUCGAUUUUGCGGACAGUCGGAGAGACACAGAACCAAAGCACCAGUGCCCAGAUCCCGAGUGGUGGUGUGAAGUGUCUGACAUUGUGUACAGUUUAAUCCAGGGCAAGCUGCUCCCAGGGUGUUCAGUGCUGGUGACCACCCGCCCCACUGCGUUACAUUUAUUGGAAAAGGCGGCUAUCAGUGUCUGGGCUGAAAUCCUGGGAUUUGGUGAUGAGGAACGGAAGGAAUAUUUCAUCAGACAUUUUGAAGAUCAGACGGUGGCGGAAGCUGUUUUCAAUUAUGUGAAGGAGAACGAGAUCCUGUACACCAUGAGCUACAACCCCUCGUACUGCUGGAUCCUCGCUCUCGCAGUGGGCCCCUUCUUCACAAAAAGAGUCAGGGACCCACAGCAAGUCCCGAAGACAAUUACCCAGCUAUAUUCCUACUAUAUUUAUAACAUCCUGAAAAACCACGGCCGUGAGAUUGAGAGACCCCGUGAUGUGUUACUCAGGGUUGGUCAGAUGGCCUUCAGAGGAGUGUCCGAGAAGAAGAUUGUGUUUACAGAUGGAGAUUUGAUCAAGUACAAUCUUCAGCCUUCCCAGUUCCUGUCCGGGUUCCUGAUGGAGCUUUUGGAGAGAGAGGAUUCUGCCUGCAGCGUGGUGUACACAUUCCCACACCUCACCAUCCAAGAGUUUGUAGCUGCAGUCGCACAAUUCCUAACUAUACAUCCAGAGGAAAUCCUGAAAUUCCUUACUGAUGCCCACAACAGGAGAGAUGGACUAUUUGAGGUAUUUCUCCGUUUUUUUGCUGGUCUCUCCUCCCCAAUGACAGCUCGGGGCCUGGUGGAGUUUUUGGGUCCAUUUCCUCAUGUAACAACCUGCCGGGUGAUUGACUGGGUGAAGGAGGCGGUUAAACGUCAGAUUGGAAACACAGGGAGUGAAGCUGGUAAAAGGAGCCUCCUGAACACAUUGCACUACCUGUUUGAGUCUCAGAAUCGUGGACUGGCUCAGGAAACACUGGGAUCUGUGAAAACACUGUCAUUCCGUGGAAUGACACUGACCCCGAUUGACUGCGCGGUCCUGUCUCAUGUCAUCGGGUUCUGUGAUACAAUAAAACACCUCAACCUGCAGGACUGCCACAUUCAGUGUGAAGGAAUCCACCGGCUGGGACCCAGGCUGCACAAGUGCCAGGAGUUGAGACUGAACAAUAAUAAACUGGGGGAUUCAGGAGUGAAACUGGUGUCUGCGGCUCUGAGGAACCCGGAGUGUAAAAUACAGACACUGUGGCUGAUGAAUGUCGGUCUCACAGAUUCUGGUGCCGAGGAUCUCGUCUCCGCUCUCAGUACAAACCCGUCACUGACGGAUCUGGACCUGAGUGGUAAUGAACUGGGGGAUUCAGGAGUGAAACUGGUGUCUGCGGCUCUGAGGAACCCGGAGUGUAAAAUACAGAGACUGUGUCCUUCACCCUCACUCUCUCUCAUCUCCAGGCUGAGGAAUGUCGGUCUCACAGAUUCUGAUGCCAAGGAUCUCGUCUCCGCUCUCAGUACAAACCCAUCACUGACGGAGCUGGACCUGAGUGGUAAUAAACUGGGAGAUUCAGGAGUGAAACUGGUGUCUGCGGCUCUGAGGAACCUGGAGUGUAAAAUACAGAGACUGUGGCUGAGCGGUGUCGGUCUCACAGAUUCUGGUGCCGAGGAUCUCGUCUCCGCUCUCAGUACAAACCCAUCACUGACGGAUCUGGACCUGAGUGGUAAUAAACUGGGGGAUUCAGGAGUGAAACUGGUGUCUGCGGCUCUGAGGAACCCGGAGUGUAAAAUACAGAAACUGUGGCUGGACAAUGUCGGUCUCACAGAUUCUGGUGCCGAGGAUCUCGUCUCCACUCUCAGUACAAAACCAUCACUGACGUGGCUGGACCUGGGAUACAACUCUCUGACAGACCGAUCUGUCCCCGCUCUCCGCCGCCUCAUACUGACCCUCCCGAGUCUGGAGCUGAUUGAGCUGUGGGGGAAUCGGUUCAGUGAGACCGGGAUGAGGGAACUGAGAUCUCUACAGGGAGUCAGACCCGGACUGAGAGUGAUCCUGUGAACAUCUGAAUGUGUGAACAUCCCCGCCCGCGGGGUGGGGACAUUUGGCCGACUCCCCGCCCUCCCCUUUAACUCCCGCCCUUACCUUUAACGGCCGCGCGCCGGGGCUGAUUCCCAACGGUUUUAACGGAACCGGCUCGGGUCUCGCGCUGUGUGCGUCGCUCGCAGCGGUCCCGCAGUGACGUGUUUCCGCCUGUUGUCCGGCGGGGCAGCAUCAGCCGGAAGUGCGUGGAGGAGACUCCCCACGUGACUCCCCGGGGAAUUACCCGGACAGGAAGAGCCCGGGGUCCGGGGCUCAGUCUGGGACACCGGAGUCCCGGGGUGGGGGGGGGAUGGUCCCGGGAGAGAAUCCUUUUGCCCCCUUUGCUGAGGACGGAGGAUUCGGCAGCCUGGCCGAUAUAAUGAUGUUAAAUGGACAAAUCCCUCGGCAGUGACCCUGGAUCUGCAGCGAUCCCGGACACGGCCCCGAAGUGUGAAUUUAUAAUCAGUUUUAUAAUUUUAUAAUCAGUUCCCCGAUGCAGAGUGACGGUGAGAAACGGGACAGAUUAUUCAACCGGUCACUCCUUGUCGCCAGUCAGUUAAUUGUGUGUGACUGUGAGCAGAUCAUUUAUUCCCGCACGUUAGCAGCUCACACAUUGUUUCAUUGAUACUUCUCAUAAAAAAUCAAUAAACCACUGUAUCUUCCU